AUGGCUUUCUUCUCUCUAAGAUAUCAACUUGCAAUGUUGCUACUAUUGGUUGUGGCAAUAGAGACCCAGAAAGAGAUGGCUAUGGCACAGAUGAGUACAUGCUCAAACCAGCUGAGCAACCUCAAUGUUUGUGCACCCUUUGUGGUGCCUGGUCAACUCAACACAAACCCAAGUGCUAGUUGUUGUAAUGCUCUUCAACGUGUGGACCGUGACUGCCUCUGCAACACCCUUAGAAUCGCUUCCCAAUUGCCUUCUCAGUGCCAAAUACCCUCCUUUGGUUGUGGUAUGCUUUUCACUUAG